ACUGGGAGCAGCAGGGGACACAGCAGCUGGACUGGGAGCAGCAAGGCUUGCAGCAGCUGGACUGGGAGCAGCAGGGGACACAGCAGCUGGACUGGGAGCAGCAGGGUUUGCAGCAGCUGGACUGGGAGCAGCAAGGCUUGCAGCAGCUGGACUGGGAGCAGCAGGGGACACAGCAGCUGGAUUGACAGCAGGAUGACCCACAGCCUGAAGAGCAGCAGCAGGGCUUACAGCAGCUGGACUGGGAGCAGCCACAGGAGCCACAGCCCCCCUUGCAGCCCCCACAGGAGCCACAGCCCCCCUUGGAGCCCCCACAGGAGCCACAGCCCCCCUUGCAGCCCCCACAGGAGCCACAGCUGGAGCAGGAACAGGCUGGCACACAGCAGCACACGGGCUUGCAGCAGCAGACGGGCACACAGCAGCUGGAGCCACAGCCCCCACAGCCGGAGCCACAGCCCCCACAGCUGGAGCCACAGCCCCCACAGCCGGAGCCACAGCCCCCAGAACAGCCACAGCAGCUCAUGGUUCUUGUGGGUUGAGGGUGGAUCAGGUCAAAGGAGCAGGGCCAGGCCGUGGACCCCUCCAGAGGGGCCGAGGAGAACAGCCAUGCAUGUCGCUGUCUGCAGGGCCCUCCUGCAGGGAGAUCUGGCCUUGCUGCUGAUCAUUGGGCUCCAGACCUGUGAUGUGACUCAGGUUUAG